AUGGCCACGAUCAGUAAGUUUACCAACCGUUUACACAGGCAUUGGGGGAUCGAGUAUACCUUACGUCACAAUGAGGAACAACUGCAGCCAGAGAAUGCAAAAGCACUCAACAUACUCUCACCAAGAAAAGUGGAACAAGACCCUAGUAAAACUACUAGAAAGAGUGCAAGUGAGAGUGUAUCAUCUGAAGACUACCCUCCACCCACACCUACACGUGCCCGUCCACCCACACCUACGAGUACCCUCCACCCACACCUACACGUGCCCGUCCACCCACACCUACGAGUACCCUCCACCCACACCUACACGUGCCCGUCCACCCACACCUACGAGUACCCUCCACCCACACCUACACGUGCCCGUCCACCCACACCUGCGAGUACCCUCCACCCACGCAUGCUACAUAAAUUACCUUCACCUGCCAAUUUUCUGCUGUCUUCCUUUUCAAUGCCCAGUUCUCGUGGCCUUGAUAGUGCCCCGCCCAGCAUACCCAGGAAAAAAUCAUUUAAUAUAUCCUACACACAGGUACUUUUCGCUCUGGUACUGGUGGCGUGCAGUAUGGCUGCUCCGUCUGGACCACACUUUGGCUACUCCCCAGCUCCUGCCUACAGGCCAGCUCCAUACUAUGAGGGUCCCGCUCGCUAUAACUUCCAGUGGGCAGUAAACGACGGUCCCUCCGGCAACGACUUCGGUCACCAGGAGGCCCGCGACGGUGACAACACCAAGGGGUCGUACUACGUGCAGCUUCCCGACGGUCGUCUGCAGACUGUCAACUACUUCGUGGACGGCGACUCUGGCUACGUAGCUGAUGUCCAGUACCAGGGAGAGGCCCGGUUCCCCGCCUACCAGCCUGUCUAUAGGCCUACACCAGCCUACAGUCCAUCCCCAGUGUAUGGCUAAACUGCUU